CGUACAUUGAACCCACAGCAACGCAAGCUCAGCUCCAGCUUUCCCCUGCAACAGACAUCGCAAGCCAAGGCACGACGUCAAACAGCUGUGCGCUUCUGAAUUGGAGGAAUUCCCAGCAUCCCGCGUAUACAUUUUUUUUUGUGGUUCUGGUACCUCCCUCGUUGGUGGCCCCGGAUAUUUCAUUAAAUAUCGUCGCCCCCUCCCCGUCACCUAGGCCAGAUCGGACUCGGUCAUCACAUUAUAUAUCAUCUCUCAUCCUCCCAGCUCUUCCACUCUCUUGGCCACACUCGCCUCCUUCCAAAGGAUCAACACACUUUGGUCAUUUAUUCACACAUACGCAAUCACACACACAUACACACAUCUAUAUAAACACACGCACUCGUCACCUCUUCGUCCUAUUACCACACUACGAUGCUGUCCAUCACACCUCAGGGAGACCACCACAGCCAGUCCCUCUACCUGCCCUUUAGAUCGCUGUCCUCCCCGAGCCGGCCCGUCGACGACUUGCCCUUCCUCAGCUCCCUCGCCAGCAGUAUGGGCCACAGCCUCCACGUUGGUAACACGUCGGCGACGGCAGUGUCUGUCAAGGACGCCGCCAGCGUCGCCCAAGCUCUCGAAAUCGCCAGGGAGAGCCCCGAUGGCGCUUCAGAUCCGACUGUUAGUAGCAUCCUGGAGAGCGCUAUCAGCCAGAUCUGGGCCAAAGUAACCGCGCAACCCGAGUCGUAUGUCAUGAACCGCGAUGAGUUUGCCGUCUUCAACUACUUCCAGCACCGCUUUACUGGCAACAAGAUUGCUAUGGCCGCGCGAAAGCGCUACUGGGACAACGCCCGCGCGUGACUCCCAAGACCCCGACUUUGCUAAGAGACAACCGCUCUCUCUAUCUCUCCCCUCUUUUCAGUCACUCCGCGCUCUUGAGGGAAGGCUCAUCAGGCGCCGAAUCCGCGAGCGGCAACUCUUGCCAUCGCAGCUGCGAACCUAAGGAGCGUUCCCUCUCCCCGUUUGGCAUUCCGUCAUUCUGUCUCCCGGCCAGAAAGUCUCAAAUGCACACAUACACACGUACAAUCAUCAGACACACCCCCAAGAAUGAUCGCCAUCAACUUGUGCUCCAGCCAUGCACAGGCACUUGGGAGAGCAACCGAUUCCGCCUUCCUUUUUACAGGGGCCCUGUCAAGGUGCUUGCCGUACCCGAGAAUCCAAGUCUUGGCUCUCUGGGAGCGCCGCGGUCCCCUUAUCCAUCCUAUCAUCUCAUCGGCCCACCUACAAAAGAAAACCCCACCGGACGCAUAUAUCCGCCUUAAUACCCGAGGAGAACCCACUCAUCAGACCAAACCCCCUGUUCUGGGCCAUCACUAGCGAAUAGGGAAGAUUGGUGUGGGUCUUGACGCCUACUGCCCCCCCCUUCGUCUCCAAAAGUCACACCCCUUCCC